CUACAGUCAGUCUCUUCAAAAACAUACCCACAAAAUUCUAAACAAAAAAUUAGAGUUUACAAGAAAAUGAAAAUAUUGACAACUUUCUAAUUUAUGUCUCUUUUCAUCUAAGUUUCGUUUGUUUCUGUGUCUGAUUUUAUUUUUUUCAUUUAUUUAUUUAUUAAUUUUACUCUCUCUCUCUCUCUCUAAAUCUUCCUUGAGAGAAUGGCCCAGCAGAUCCAAAAUCCUCCAUUUCAUCUUUUCAUACUCAAAUUUAACUUUCAUUUUCUUGGUUUUUCCAAAAUGCCCACUUUUUUUUAUUAUUUCUGAUCAUCCCAUACCAACUUUUAUGUUUUUAUUUGCUCUCAGCUCCUUCAAUCACUGAUUCUCUUCUGGGUUGAUUGGUUCAUCUUUUUGGAUACUUGGGUAGGUUGGUUUUCUACGAAGUAAGGGUACAAAAAGAUGAUUGGUUGUAUCGUAUCUUGAGAUAAUUUAAAGUCUUUCUCCUAGUUUCAUGGGAAUGCUAGAAAUGCAGACAGACAUGCAGUACCGCUAUUUCCCGGGAUAUCGGCCAACAAGGGAGCUCAAUUUGAAUGCCAGUAAUCGUGUCUGGCCCUCGAACAAUGUUGAUAAAAUAUCAAAUAAUAGACACUAUUAUAAUGGAAGCUUGGCGCCACCAUAUUCGGAGCAAUAUCUGCCAGGAAGCUCGGCGCUACCAUAUCCGGAACAAUAUUUGCCAGUCAAGGAAAAAGUGAAGAAGAUAAUGCUACAGCAUGAAGCUGUAUUCAGAGAUCAGAUCCAUGAACUCCACCGCGUCUACAACAGGCAGAGAGAAUUAAUGGAUGAGAUGAAAAAGAUCAAGUCUUCUGGAAUUCAUCUACAACCAGAAUCCUCACAGUCAAAUCAUAUCUUCCCGGGAACCUCAUUUGAGCGUUUCCAACAGAUGUGCAAAGCUUCUACUUUACCCUGGCUGAAUCCUGCUCGUGAUCAAUCAUUUAUUUCCCAUGCUGAAAACAACCAAUCACAUUUGCGUUUUAUUGAAGGAAAACUCAUACAGGCAGGUUGCAAUACUGUUAAAACUGAACAUUGUGUAGAAGCAUCGGAGUUGGAGUCAAAGUUCAAGAAAGUUGGCCAAAAGAUAUUGGACCUGGAACUGCCUGCGUACGAGUACAUUGAUUGUGAACAAGAGGAAUCUUUAGCUUCGGAAACAGUUCCUGCUGAGAGGCCAAGUUUUCCUGCGAAAAGCAUCAUUGAGGACAAGCGAAAGAACGGCACAGAAUUAUCUCAUGGGAUUGAUGAUUGUACUGUAAUUGUGCAAAAUGGUAGUGUGACACAACCUUCAUUGUCUACUAGAACCAUCUGCUUAGCUGAUUUAAAUGAGCCCGUCGCUCUUGAGGAAGAAAUGGAUCCAGAAUCCAUUAAUUUUCCGAGCCCCGUCUGGAACCAGAGACUGAUCCCCUGCCGUAAUCUUCCUGGGGAAGACCUUCAAAUUCAACCAAAGGAGACUAUGACGAGAGAGGAUCCUGAAGCUUUGUCAAAUGUUCUGCACUUGGAGAAGAAUGACAAUAGAUGGGAGUGCUUAUCUGAUAAUGAUGAAGCUGAGCAAAGUAGCAGCAACUUGAAUGCUGUCCCUCAAAGGACAUGUACAGAAACAUUAUAUUCCUCGUCUGAAGAUGAUCAGACCGAGCAAGGUCAUGAAAGUUCAACAUCUCAUCUAAAAUUGGGGAGAAAAAGAAAGCUUCUUGGUUUAGAGAGCAAUCCGGGAGAGGUUGCUGCUUCUAGCAAACAUGCUUCAAAUGAACUUAUUCCUCUAGCUGAUUCCGCGAAAAGUGAUUCAUCCUUGGUUUUAUCUCGGAGAAAGCAUACACAUGAUUUUGUGAGGCUCCCUAUAGCAGUACAAGCACUACCAUGUUUUAAUAGUCCAGUACGAUUACGCAAAAGCUCAAAGUUCAGAAGUCAUCAGAUUAUUGAAGGCGAGUCUUGCCUUGACAUGAAUGUUGAACCCAAAGAAGAAUCCCAAAGCCUUAGUGCUCGAAGCAGCUUUUGCAAUGAUGGUGAUGAGUUUUCCUCUGAAGACAAUGGUAUUAAAGAUUGCAUCAAAGAUUCUGUGGAUCUGAACUCGACAAGGGAUCUAGACCUAAAUUGUGCAUCUCCGAGUUGCUCUUCAGUUGCGGCUGCUUGCAGUUCUUGGUCUACAGAAUCAAAUGUAAAACUUCGAGUGGAUUGUAAUUAUGUGCCUGGCUCGGGAGAGAAACUCGUCGAAAAUGAGUUGGUUGUAGGCAAUAGAAUUAAGCAGAAGUCUUCAGGCUUUCAGUUUCAUGCUGACAUCAUUUCAUGCAUGAACAGGAGCAAGUCUUCACCGCCGCGCUCUCUAUCAUCCGAAAUAGAAUUACACGCACCUGCAAGUCCUGAAAAUGAGGAGCUAUCUCCACCUAGAGGAGAUUCAGAUGAAAACCAACUCGAAACACUUUGUACACUGUCCGAGCAAGGAAAUGAUCAUGUAAUAAAAGAGAGUGGUGAUCUCCUUGAGGAUCUAAUCAGAGUUGCAGCAGAGGCUAUCGUUUCCAUUUCGUCAUCUGAGGAUCAGAAUAUUACAGGAAAUGCAAUUUUAAAACCUUCUGAAGUUGCAGAAAGUGUCUCUCUCGAUUGGUUUGCCAGGCUAGCUUCUUCUGUAGUAGACGAUCCCAAAAGUGAUUUUGGUUUAUCUUUCAGUUGUAAGAAUCCGGAUCGCAACAAUGAUCAUCCCUCUGAUGGGAUUGACUACUUUGAGGUCAUGACAUUGAAGUUGAAAGAGAUCACAGAGGAAGAAUACUGUUGCGAAACUGAUGUUCAAGAGGCGGAAGCCGUAUGUGCAACUUCACCCUCAAGUCAGCCAAGAAAGGGCCGAUCAAGAAGGGGGAGGCAACCGAGAAAAGAUUUUCAAAACGAAAUUCUCCCGAGUCUUACUUCGUUGUCAAGAUAUGAGGUGGCUGAGGAUCUUCAGGUAAUUGGAGGGCUUAUUGAGGCUGUUCAUCGGACCACAGGUCGAAAUGGGAGGACGAGAGGCAGGAGGAGGAGUUCUAUACCUUCCUCCAAGGCGGAAAGCUCCGAUUACACAGAAUUUUUGCAGCAGAGCCGACACGGUGAAUGCAGAAUCCAGGAGUGGAGCUUAUUAAGUUGGGGAAAGACAACAAGGCGACGCAGGGGGCAGAGACAACCUGUAAGUAAUCCGCGGCUUAUUCUUGGGCAAGUAUAGUCGAAAAUUGCCGGAUUCUUUUGUUUUUUGAGGUGAGUUGGUAAUGAGUGAACCAUGAGAUUGGCUUGUACAUGGAGUACGUUAUAUAUAAUUAACAUCUUAAUUAUAAGCAUCUAGUAGGGAAAUACCAAAGGAGUAUGCCAACUAAGCCUUUUUUCAUUUGAGUUUUGAGGAAUGAAAAUGCUUGUACAUGUCAAUGCUGUGAACUUUUGUCUAAAUAGAUGAAUAUGAUCGUGUGGAGGUUCAAACUCAA